UGUUUCACGUGUUUCAUGUUUGUGCAUGCUUGCUUUUCUCUGGAUCCUACAGUCAAUCAUGGCUGACAGUCCCUCUGACAGUCCUGGACUUACAGACAAGGAAAAGGAGGCUUUUCCUGGGAGGGUUGGUGGAGGGAAAUCAAAUGAGCGUCUCAAUAAACAGUGCAGGGACAGAAUGCAUAAAUCUCUGAAAAGUUCAUAUGUGCGUUACAUGCUUAAUGCAAUGAAGGAAAUUGGCUGUGAAGUAAAGGUUGGACGUCAUUUAGUCUGUGAGCCAUGUGGUGAUAGAUUGUUAGGUGGAUUUGACGAAGACAGAAAUCAAAUAGUCCUGUGUGAGAACAAUAUAUAUUCAGAUGAUUGUAUGACUAAUGUAUUGACACACGAGCUGAUACAUGCCUAUGAUCAUUGCAGGGCUCAUGUGGAUUGGAAAAACUUAGAUCAUCAAGCUUGUUCGGAGAUACGUGCUGCCAACCUUAGUGGUGAAUGCUUCUUUUGGAAGGAAAACUUUGCUCGUUUAAAGUUUGGCUGGAAGAAGCAUCAACAGAAAUGUGUGAAGGAGAGAGCCACCCAGUCCAUACUGUGUGUCAACAAUGUGACUGAAAAGGAAGCAAGGGAUGCUGUAGAGAAAGUCUUUGAUUCUUGUUUCAAGGACACUGUUCCUUUUGAAAGAGUACCACCAUAGGGACAUAAUACUAACUGGAGUGAACAGUGUAUCUAUGAACUAUUAUAAUUCUUUAUUUAUUUACUACUUUUGAAUAAUGUGGAUAGUUUAUAGCAGUGAAAUGAAAAAGCUGAGCUGUUUCCUGUAAUAGCAAUACUAUCAUAAUUUACACCCCUGAUUUCAGUAGUAACCUUUGUGAGAUGAGGUGUGAUUGACCCACAGUGGACAAUGGCGGACCCUCUAGGUUUUGCUUUAGUAGUAAGUCAACCAGAAGAAGAAAGUAUUCAGAAACAUGAAUCAGACCCAACAUAUUCUGAACCUAUAGAUGAGUCUAGAAAUCAUGAUCCAGGAAAUACUCAAUUAGCAACAGGCAGGCAGCCACAGCAACCUGAAAUAAGUGAACCACCCAGUGAGCGAGCUAGUGCUAGAGAACCAUCAUUAUGUUCUCCUGGGCAUCAUAAUAACAAUUCUCCUGCUAAUGAGAACCCUAAUUCAACUAAGAAAUCUUGUAUCGAGAAAGUUAAGAGUCUCACAGUUACAAUAAUAAUAAUAGCCACCGGCAUUGUAUCGCUCAUCGUGGCAGUUGUGGUCAUCUGCUUGUUUACAACAGUGCUCAAGCCUCAACUAUACAAUUUUAAUGCCACAAUAGGUGAUGUUAGUGAGUCUGAAUCUACCUUUUUACUGCAGAUUAACUCAACUAUAUCAUCAGCAACAGUAACUGCUAUUAAUCCUGACUUGGAGCUAAAAGCAGAUAUCUACCAGAGCACUUCUAAGCCACCUGAAUACAUUGAGGUCUUGGAUACUGUGACCAUUCAUGAACUUAGUGAAAAGAACCGAUUUAGAUAUAACUAUUUUACGAAUCCCGAUAAUCCAGUCUAUCUCACACCUGGGUCUUCACUUCUCUAUGAUGUUAGUAUUAGCAGUAAUUCUGGUUCUACCUGUCCAGCACGUCUCUAUCUAUUUAAUAACCAAACUACCUAUUUUUUGUUUAUUAGCGAUCGAAACUCAAAAAUUGAUUCAACUGACAGAUCUCCUUGUUUAUUUCCAGACAAUGGAGCUUGGUCCUUUAACAUUACUGAUUCCUCUGCUUAUUAUGUGGCCAUUGCUAUAGAUACUGGUGUUAGUGUCUUGGGGAAUGUUACAGUAGAGAGAAUUCAAUACAAUACUACUGGACUUCAGCUUGAUACACAGCUGACAUCAGGAAAUCCUUCUCAUACGAUUACCACUUGUGAUACUGGAAGCGGAUUUCUAUGCACCGGAAUUGAUGACACAUAUCUUAUAUUGUUGAUCAAUGAAGGAAGCCUUAUCAAUUUUCAACUGAAGACUUUUUUCGUUUAUAAUAGACAAAAGGUUGCAUUGUCCUGUUUCAGCCUCAUUUUGCUAUUAGUAUUUGUAGUAGUAUUUACACUAUUCUUGAUUGCAAUCAUUAUAAAAGCUGUUGGAAUUUAUAAAAAACACAAUACUACAAUUGAUGAUGCCCACAUUUCUUUAAUUUCUCCUGCACAACAAACUAAUACUGAAACAAGUGGAGAACAAGUGAUUGGUGAAUAGAUCUACUUAAAUUUGUGAAUUAUAAUUAAUUUGGGUGGAAUUUUUAACAAUUAUAAUGUUGAUUUAUAAAUUAGAUAUGAUGACAAUGCCUACAGUAAUUUUUUUAAUCAAUAAAAAAUAGUAUUUAAUUAUGUGCAAGUGUUUUUGUAAAACAUUUACUCAAAAAUAGCCUUAAAACCACAA